GUUGGAGCACCAAAGGUCGUGUUGCUUGUCCAUCUUGCGGGGUUUCAACUCAUUCUUUAUGGCUAACCCAUGGGAAGAAAUUCUGCUACAUGGCACAUCGCCGGUGGUUAGAUCCAAAUCACCCAUUUCGCUAUCAAAAAGAUGAAUUUGAUGGCACUGAAGAAUUGCAAUCUCCUCCAGUUUUAAUUUCUGAGAGUGAAGUAUUGAGGCAGUUGCACGGGAUGAAAUUUGUGUAUGGAAAAUCUAAAAAAAUAAGCAAAAGAUCAAGGGAGACGAUUGAUAGACCUAUUGGGCUUGCUA